CUUUUUCUCGAGAGGGGGCUGUGGCCGUCGGGAUUUAAUUACCCGAAUGAAUCUUAAAUCUGUCAGCAGACCAAAACUUACCGGCGGCCGAGUUCCCGCGCGACUUUCUCGGAAUCUCGCUGCCGGAGCAACCAAACAAGUAUUAUCUUAUAAUCCGUGGCCAACGGAUCGUCUUAGAAGCUGAUUUUACGAUUCAAACUAUAAUGGAGAAGUUGCAGUCUUACAAAUUGCGCGUUGCUCUCAAUUUCGAGGGGUUCCAAUACCAAUUAGGGGAUUUCCAACUGAGAGUGGGAAAAGUUGUUCCCAACCAUUCUGAGAAUUUGAGAGGAAUAGUUAUGGAGAUGGAGUAUCUCCCAAUUUCUUCAAUGGAGAAAUCAAGACAGUUGAUGGAGGAAUUCUUCGAGGUAUGGCAAGAAGCCAUGUCAAAAAGUUCAUUGCCAGGUCGUUUCAUGCACAUAGAACCAAACUUUGCAGAAUAUGGACUGUCGGAUUACUACACUCCUCAACACACAGCCGUCCAGUAUGCUAAUGUUAUGGCGCAACUAAUCGCAACAGUUCAAGCAGUUCAAUCAGUGAGAAAUUAGGAUAUAAAUUGCUUGUUUUAUCAGUUUGAGAUCUGAACUUCAUGUUAGCUGUUUUUCUUCUUUUUCAAACAGUUCAAUCAAUGAGAAAU